UUGAAUUUUCGUAAUCUUCAGGCGUCAACUUCAACGCUAAUAGAAGGCACAAUAAAUGGUUAUAAUAAAAGCCAGGUUAAAGAUUUUUUAUCAAAUACUGAUAGUUGCGGAUUUACAAGCGGUUCUGCUGUCAAUCGUUUUUCAGUCGGCGAAGAUAAUCUUGUUGUCGUGCGUAUGAAGCCUGAUCAGCAUGGCCGUUAUGGCUUUAACGUUAAAGGCGGCGCAGAUCAAAAUUAUCCCGUUAUAGUGAGUAGAGUUGCCCCUGGAGGCGCAGCAGACAAAUGCAAUCCACGAUUAAAUGAAGGCGAUCAGGUGUUAUUCAUAAACAGAUUGGAUGUAUCACAUUUAAGUCAUGAUCAUGUUGUACGCUUUAUUCGUUCUCUAAAAGAGGCAAACAAUGGUGAACUUGUUCUUACAGUUAGGCCAAAUGUCUAUCGCUGUGGUGAAGAUAUUUCUGAAUAUGAUCAGCAUGUUCCUGAGAGUCAGCAUGUCGCAGAUUCAGUAUCAUGUUCCGAUAUCUUAGAACAGUCGUUGAUUUUGUUGAAAGAAGCACUAGCAUCUGGCCAGAUUGUUUCACAAUUUGAAAAAUUAUAUCGAAAAAAACCUGGAAUGUCUAUGGAAGAUUGCAAACAACCGUUUUAUGUCAACAAAAAUCGAUAUCGCGAUGUAUAUCCAUACGACGAAACGCGAGUACGAAUUAAUGCACCAUCGGGCGAUUAUAUAAAUGCCUCAUUUGUUAAUAUGGAAAUACCAACGAGCGGCAUAGUAAAUCGGUACAUUGCUGCCCAAGGUCCUUUGGCAAAUACUAGCGAUGAUUUUUGGUAUAUGAUUUGGGACCACCUUUGUACAACUAUAAUUAUGCUAACAACGACAGUUGAACGCGGUCGAAUAAAAUGUCACCAGUAUUGGCCAUCACUUUAUGAGAAACAAGAUUAUGGGAAACUGACGAUCUCAAACAUCCAGGAACGAGAACUGCCAAAUUGUGUCUCUAGAGAAAUAUCCAUCAAAGAUAAGAUUGUACGUUUCACGAGAGAGGAACGCCGAGUUACUCAUAUGCAAUACACUGCCUGGCCUGACCAUGGUGUUCCUAGUGAUCAAAAAUAUUUUAUCGAAUUUGUUGAUGAGGUGAGGAAGAUUCGUGUUGGGUCUGUGGAUCCCAUCGUUGUACACUGUAGCGCCGGAAUAGGUAGAACGGGUGUUUUGAUAUUAAUGGAAACUGCAGCAUGUCUCGUUGAAGCCAAUGAACCAGUUUAUCCAUUAGAAAUUGUUCGAGUUAUGCGAGAUCAACGUGCUAUGCUUAUACAAACUGCGGAACAAUACAAAUUUGUAUGUGAAUGCAUCCUGAAAGCAUACAACGAUGGUGCAAUUAGACCUCUUCCAGAAUAUUACAAGAAAUCUUAG